GGCCCCGCCCCCGCGGCUCCUGGCGGACUCGAGCGGUCGCCUUCUCCGCGAUGGCUGCCCCGGUGACGCGGCAGGUCAGCGCCUGGGUCCUGAGCCCUGCGAGCUCGGACGCAGAGCGCGGGCAGCCGCUGGCGGCCGCCGUGGCCGAGCUGCCGGUGCUGGACGCGUCCGGGAGACGGUUGCCAUUCGGUGCGCUGUUCCGGGAGCGGCGGGCCGUGGUGGUGUUCGUGAGGCAUUUCUUGUGUUACGUCUGUAAAGAAUACGUUGAAGAUCUGGCCAAAAUCCCCAAGAGCGUUCUCCGAGAAGCAGAUGUCACCCUCAUAGUGAUUGGACAGUCAUCAUACCAUCAUAUUGAGCCUUUCUGCAAACUGACUGGCUAUUCUCAUGAAAUCUAUGUUGAUCCUGAGAGAGAAAUUUAUAAAAGAUUGGGAAUGAAAAGAGGUGAAGAAAUUUCCUCCUCUGGGCAGAGCCCCCACAUCAAGUCCAGCCUGCUCUCGGGGAGCCUUCAGAGCCUGUGGCGGGCAGUCACUGGCCCACUGUUUGAUUUCCAAGGAGACCCAGCUCAGCAAGGAGGAACUUUCAUCUUAGGUCCAGGUAACAGCAUCCACUUUGUGCACCGAGACAGGAAUAGGUUGGAUCACAAACCCAUAAACUCUGUUUUACAGCUUGUGGGAGUUCAGCCUGUGAACUUCAUGAGCAGACCUACAGUUAUCCAUGUGUGACUUAACCUGGGAUCUUCCACUUGUCAAUGGGCCCUUGAAAAGUGAACCAAAAUGCCAGGCAUCAUAGCUUCAUGGGGUUAUGAAAACACAGAGCGCAUGUGCCUGUAGAUCUUCAUGCUUGACGUUGUCAAAAGUGCAAUAGACAUUUAAAAUGUUACAGCUUCUAUAAUUUUAUACAAAUUAUAUAAAAGUCAAAAAUUAUAAAACUAUUACUACUGUUGUUAAUACCAUUUUUUGGAUAUUCAUUCAACAAAAGUUUUUGGCAACUAAAAUAGAUGAGGGGGUGCUGGAAAGAGGACCCAGGACCCAGGUUUGGUUCCCAAAACCUACAUGGUAGCUCAUUCUUUAUAACUCUAGUUCUAGGAAAUCCAACAUCUUCUUCUAGCCUCACACAGCAGGGACACAUGUGGCACACAUGCAUACAUGCAGGCAAACCCUCAUACACAUAAGAACAAAUAAAUAGUUUAAGAAAUGCAUGGUGUGUGUGUGUGUGUGUGUGUGUGUGUGUGUGUGUGUGUAGGGAAGGAAAGGGAAGGGAAGAAGGGGCACAGACUUGUAUGUAAUCCUAGUCCUGAGAAAUGAAGACAAGAGUCCAGCCUGAGCUAUAUGGGAAAAGCCUUUCUCAGAAAAAUAGUUAAUGGAAGGGAGGAAUGCAUAAAGGGAAGGAAAAGCAAUUCAGGAAAGUUUUAUUUAGCAGGAAAAAAAAGAUUGUCAAAUUCUGUAAACAGUAUAACUACAUGUAUGUGUGUGCCUAAUUUUUUGUACGCUUUGAGAAAAGAAGGUAAAUAAAUACAGAACAACACUGCCAGUAGGCCUGUGUAUGUCUGUGGUGAAAGUAUAGGUGUUUCUGCUUGCUUUCCAAGUUUUCCUUGUUCUUUCAUAAGCUUUGCUGAUUUGGGGGUGGGGCAGGAAAAAAAAAUCUUUAAAUACUAAAGUGAAAAUGCCUGCCUACAUAAAACUUCUUUGGAAGUGUAAGUGAUUUUCUGUAUGGUGGUUGCCUCCAAAGUGAGGAUUCAUUGAUUAAGUAAAUGGAACAAAACCUCUUACAGAGAGCAGAGUGCCUGGUCAGCAUUCACCCACUGCUGAUUGCCCUAGCGUUGUGUUGGGGAAGUAAGUGGAGGGAAAUUCUUGGUUUGGUGUAGGGCCUGUGCUGAAAAUAAAAACCAUUUUUAUGCAUGUGAACACAUAUUCUGUUAUCACUGAGUUACAUCUCAUAUUUUAAAUAUCUAGGACAAAUAUUUGAUUAUUUAAAUGUCUAGAACAGAGAGGCACCUAGAAUGUCUGUAGUUCUAGAUUUUAUCCCUAGCAGUGCACCUAAAUUCACACACACGCACACAUGUAUAUAUUAUAUAUAAUGCUUUUUUAAAGGCAAUGUUAAGCUGUUUUAAAGCUUUGUAAUGAAAAUGCAUGAUGUUUGGUUGGGCAUGUCACCUCAUGCUGGCAAUCUCAGCAGAGGCAGAAGCAGUGAGGCUGGGGCACAUACUGAGUUCCAGGCCAGUCUGGGCUAUAGAUAGUAAAACUGUGUCUCAAAAAUAACAAAAAGCAAACAUGUAACCAGUGGUGGUGGUGUGUGGGGAGGCAGAGGCAGGAGGAUCUGUGAGUUCCAGGACAGCCAGGGCUCCAUAGAAAGACCCUGUCUCAAAAACAAAACAAUUAGGAAAAAAUGUGCAUUGGGUUUUGUUGUACCUUCCUAGACAUCUGCUUUUUCUCACCCCCAAAUCUGUCUUAUUUAGAAAACUAAUGUCAUAUUUUACCUUCAGAAUCUUACUUUUGUCUCAGAAAUUCUCAUGAAAAGUAUCACAAAAUCAAAACACAUAAUCCUUAGCAACUGUAAUACUUCUAAGACCUCAUACUUUCAUAUAAAGCAGAUUAAGUCACAAAACUGUAUCUUAAUGUAUUUUCACAUGAAUAUAGUCAUGUUUUUAAAUCAAUAAAAACGAGAAUUUUCAGAAUUUAAAAUGAAAA